AUGACUUCUCUGACAUCACUGGGGCUCACCGAGUACGUUCGCCACGACCUGCACACGCACGAAGCAAGCCGUGAGCGCUAUGUGCACGUCCAACUGGACGAGAGCGCGGACGACGACGAGGCGUCGUUGGUGCUGCACAUGACGGUCUGCCACUCGUGGCCCGUGCCGUAUACGACGCUCGCAGAGCUCUUGUGGACCAUAAUGACGACACCGAUGCCGGAGGAGUACGGCUUGAUCAGCACGCUCAACGAGUCGUUUGGGCCCGAGAUGACGUACGCGCACUAUGUUGCGACGACCUUUCCAGUGCACUUUCCGCCGAUUCAAGGUCGAAUUGCUGCGCGCAAGUACGUGGAAGCGUCGCGGGUCGUCAUGGUGUGGCGCUCGAUCCCCGAAGACGCGCUCAUGCCGUGGAACCCGCAGCAGCUCAUCGGCAACGAAGCGUCCUGGGUGGUCGUGAGUGACCAAGGCGACGGCACGAGUCGGUUGCUGACGCACGCGCAGAUGCGGCCGCCGGUACUGCCGCCCAAUGCGACGGACGACAGCCUCACGUUGCCACCAGGAGUCUUUGCCGAGUGCGUUCUGGGGCAUUUCCACGUAGGCGCCAGUAUGUUCGAGUCGCUCAUCCAGAGCAAGCUCGCCGCCGCCCCGUAG